AGUCCGACCCUUGCAUCCACUGAAUUGAAGUUUACGAUUGGCAGCACCAGACUGGUGUAAUUCUUCAAUACAACAAGUAGUAGUACGUGACGUGUGUACGGUGUACAUCGCCUAUCCUGAACUUCUGUAAACAGGCCAAACAACUUUCUAGUCGUCUGUGUGAAUCACCUGUCAAUGAGACGUAACCAGAGGGCAGGAACCACUUCAGGCUGUCAGCAGGAAAAUCUUCUACCUUUGAUGCCACCUCCUGAAAUAACAAUUCAUUUGCAUCUUGUCUAGUGGAGGAAUGUUUAGGCUGCUGCAUGUAUUGUUAACUUAUUGACAGAAAAGUUGGAAGGAAACACAGCAAAGCCGUGAUUAUCAAGCAUGGAAUGCACUGCCCGCUAUGAUUUCACAGCUAAAAGAUCAGAUGAGUUGUCGUUCAGGGAGGGAGACACUCUUAAGGUGAUAAUUGAUCCAGAAAAGAACCAGGAAGAUGACUGGGCAAUGGCAGAACUGAGAGGCAGGACCGGAAUGGUUCCCAAGAACUACAUCACCAGCCCCGAAUGGUUUUACAGAGGUCUGUCCAGAGCCAAAGCUGAGGAGAUUCUGCUAGACAAGGAGCCGGAUGGUGCCUUCCUCGUCAGAGAAAGUGAAAGCUCCCCAGGAGAUUUCUCACUUUCCGUCAAAUUUGGCAGUGGGGUGCAGCAUUUUAAAAUCUUGGUCGAUAAGGCGACUCGCCGAGUAUUCUUAUGGGUGAAGAAAUUUGACACCAUUAACGGUUUAGUCGACCACUUCAGGAGGAACAGUGUGAGCAAAACAAACAACAAGAUGGUCCUCAGGGACAUGGUCAAAAAGAAAGCUUCUGUCACGGAUUCACAUAAUGCAAAUGGAUUCACCAACAAACAGCAGCACACCACUCAGAAGCAGCACUAUGACUCAAUACAAGGAGCCUGUGGUUCAAACGGAAUAGCCGGCCAGUUUCAGCAAAAACAAAGUCAGUGGGGGAAGGUAGCCCAACAGAAGGUGAUGAAGCCUCCAGUGGACCUAAAGCCUAGGGUCAAAGCGAUGUACGACUUUGAGCCCCAAGAUGACAACGAACUGGAACUGCGGGCCGGUGACAUAGUGGAGGUAUUAGACAACUCUGACCAUGACUGGUGGUAUGGCAAACUGAGAAUGAAAAAGGGCCUCUUCCCCAGCACUUACGUUCAGGAAAUAAAAUAACUACUUUCAAAUCCCCCCCUCCCCCACUUCCUUUUGCCCUUGCGGUGGUCAAAGGUCAACCGGGAAACACCAUUUUUUUCCAGUCUUCAGUUUGAUUGAAUGUAUAUUUCUGAACUUGUAACGGCAAGAAAAUCACCUUGAAUACUGGCAAAAGGUCAGAUGCAUAGACUGUAAAGUGCGUAGGUCGCUUUUCUGUUUCACAAUCUUUAACAAAGAUUUAAAUGACUCUAUUAGUCUACCAGAUACCAGUACAAAAUUGAGAAAAAGACUGAUGUAGCACCUUAAACUUGGCUCGUCCUCAAGCUGUGAUUUUAAGACUUAGCUCAGAUCUUAAGACUUGUUAGAAAAACCCAAAAUAAGGCAGAAACACAACUUUACGUUACAAAAGGUUGGAAUUCACACUGGAAGGCUUUCCAAUGUAGAAAUAACUAGAGUAACUUGUAUUUUUUUUAAAUGUCUGUUGAAUCAGAUAGUAGAAUUGGGCAAGUUGGAUUUGGGAGAUUCAAAACAAAAUGCAGUUUUACCCUUUCUUUUGUUCCCUAUUUUCAUGCCACAUGUUGGAUGACCUCAGUACAGUUUUUUAGGCACAAAAAAAUUUACAGCUUGCUUUAAAAUGCGCCAGGCAUCAUGGUUCUUGCCAGUCAGUUGAACAGGGAUCCUUCAUCUCAGCACUGAUUUGUGAUGAUAUGCAAAACCAAUUAGCAUACAGUGAGUUUACAAUUCUUUUUGUUGUGAUUUCCAUUAGUUUGGUAUGAAAAAUAACAAAAUCUGUCUCAUGUAGACAUGUAAAGAGCUUUAAAAGUGUAAUGAAAAAAAUUCCAAAUUGGAAUUGUUUCCAUUUCUGAGUUUGAGAUCAAAAGGGCAAACUUGAAAACAGAUACAUAACAAAAUAGCCGAAUUCAACCACUUUACCCAGAACAUAAUUAUUGAUUUUUAUACAAAAGGAGAGUGCCGUGAUCUCAGUUGAAGAGCAAGGAACAGUUUGUACAAGCAGAUGUUAAUCCAUAAUAAUGACUUUUUUGACCCACUUGAGAAAAGGGUGUCAUUGAAGACUGAGUUUGGUGAGACAUAAUUCUGGGAUUGUUUCUUCUUUGCCAUAACUGCCACUGCUGAGCAGUGUUUCAGACCUUGGACAAUAAAUUAUUCUACCAAAAAUGCACCUCGCAUAACACCAAAACCUUUUCUAAUGUGGGUUAUUGUAAUGAGAAUUUUUUUCUGAAUAAGGCAUGCUAUUACCAUGAUAAGUGCAUCGCUACAUUACUUGUAAUCAGAAAUUGACCAAAUAUUUAGAAAGAGCUGGCAUAAAUCAUGACAGCCAAAUCGAGACUCAAGAGUGCAUUUUUCCAGUAGAAAUGAGCUUGCAAGAAAUACUUUUAUUUUGAGAUUUGUAUAUAGUAUAAUAUUUUAAUCUGUGGUAUGCAUGAUUUUGAGAGUGGAGAGGAAUGUAUCUCCUUUCAGCAUAACUGCAAAGUGGAAACCUGAUGAUCAUGUAAGGUAUAUAAUUUUUUCUUCCGUCAGAUUCAUAAUUGCGGUAAGGAAACUUUAAGUGAUACAUGUACAUACAUGGAUUUUGGCCAAGGGCAAGUUGCAUGGAAUUUCUACAGGACACAUUUCACCAUGUACAUGAUAGAAGGCUAACAAUACAUUAUGCAGUGUAUACUGUUUAGGACUGGUUCUUGGUCAUUAUGGUUUUAAUAGUGACAUAAAUGCCUGGCCUUAUCAGCUUGAUGACAACGGUGUCCCUCGCUUUACUAUAGCUGUGAUCAUGACAUACCUAGCAAAAUGUGACCAAGCAUAGGUGCAGCUGAUUGCUUAAAGAGAAAGAAGCUUCUUCUCUUUUCUGUUGACAAACUCUGGCUUUAGGUUGCCCCUGUCAGACAACAUUCAAAUUUGCUUUUGAGGAAGUAUAAAUUCACAGUAAAGAGUGCAAAGUUUGUUUCCACCACUUAUAUUUUUGGAUAGUGUUCAUAUUUUUGUGAAGACACCCCUUUUAGCAGUGCUGCUUGUGCUUGUCAUGACCUCUAGCUGUAUUUUUUCAAGAGUUACAUGUAUACCCUUGCAGGCUGUUAAGGCAUUUUUUGUUUGUGCAGCCUUAUAUUGUUUAUUUCAGAAUCUCACCACAGCUGUAAAUUAUCGAUGAAUAUUAUGUACUCCAGUAAUGUACUGACAGGGAUCAGGUUUAUAGCCAACUGAAACUUUGAUGCAUAACUGUGCAAAAAAGCUGUCCGUAGGUUAGGUAGAACUUAUUCCCCUGAAUGCUGACAGCUUCUUGAGGUUUGGAUGGGUAGGGCCAUGUUUCAGAUUGCAGGGUUUAAGGAGGUUUUUUCUGUAUGUGAGAUGGUUUGGCUUGGACAAUCUAUCCUGUUGUUAGAUUAUUAUUUAUUUUUUUAUUUCUAGAGUUUAAGUUUUAAAGAAAGAAGCACAAUGCACAAGACCAACAACUUUCCACAACAUUUUUGAUGUCAAGUUGAAGUAUCUUGUGUGUAGCCUAUGACCACUGACUGACUUUGGAAAUUUAGUAUACAGUUUUAGGGGGAGUAACACAGUUGUGCCUUAAUUAGCCUUGGUUUGAAAAGUGAUCCAAAGCCUUUUUACACUGCUGUCAUCUAUGAAGCAAACCCAUAUUCAAGUGUGAACACAGACAGGCUGUCUACAACAACAUGGCAAAAAAAUGGUUCCUUUAUCCCGCUGUGUAAUUUAUCCCACUGAA